UUUCGAAUUACCGUCGAUUUCGUUAGAAUUCGGCAUUAAUUAUGUGUGGAUUUUGAUAAUUCUACACUCCAAGUUUGAUUUUAGAUUGCUUUGAUUUUGGUUUGUUCGGUUUCUGUCUGUGUGUUUUGCUUGAUCGAUUCAGAGCAGGCAGCCUUCAGAUCUUAAGUGAUGGCGCAAGCAGCUGGAAAUUCAGGAUGGCUGAGAGGAAAAGUAAAAGCUGUUUUGUCUGGUGACACCUUGGUGAUUAUGGGAUUUACCAAAGCUGAAAUCCCCCCUGAAAAGACUGUCGUUUUAGCUCAUCUUUCCGCUCCAAGAUUAGCACGGAGAGGUGGCCAGGAUGACCCAUUUGCAUGGGAAAGCAGAGAAUAUCUACGGAAGCUGUGUAUAGGAAAGGAUGUUGUUUUUAGAACGGAAUAUACCAUUCCAAAUUUCUCCCGAGAAUUCUGCAGUGUUUUCAUUGGCACUACAAAUGUUGGGAACGAGGUUGUCACUCACGGCUGGGCUAAGGUUAAGGAGGCUAAAGGAGAGGUGACUCCUGAGCAUACUGAAUUGCUACGCCUUGAAGAACAAGCCAGACAACAGGGAGUAGGUUUAUGGGACAGGUCUCCGGGUUCUGUUGAGGCAGCUAUCAGGAACCUCCCACCAUCUGCUGUUGGUGAUCCCAGCAAUCUGGAUGCGAUGGGGCUUUUAGCUACAAACAAAGGCAAACCCAUGGAAGCUAUUGUAGAGCAAGUUCGUGAUGGGAGCUCACUUCGUGUUUAUUUGCUUCCGGGGUUUCAGUUUGUCCAAGUAUUUGUUGCUGGAAUCCAGUCCCCAUCGAUGGGAAGAAGGACAACACAAGAAUCUACUAUAGUAACUGAAGUACCAUCCGAUGAACCAAAUGGAGAAGCUAAUGCGGAGUCUCGUGGCCCCUUGACAUCAGCCCAGAGAGUUACUGCCUCAUCAACCUACAAUGAAGUUGCCGCAGACCCCUAUGGGAGGGAAGCUAAACAUUUCACUGAGAUUCGUGUGCUAAACAGAGAUGUCCGCAUUGUUCUCGAGGGUGUUGACAAGUUCAGCAAUUUGAUUGGUUCUGUCUAUUACUCCGAUGGUGAAUCAGCAAAGGACCUGGCAAUGGAGCUUAUUGAAAAUGGAUAUGCUAAAUAUGUCGAGUGGAGUGCAAGUAUGAUGGAAGAUGAAGCCAGGAGGAAGUUGAAGGCUGCAGAACUUCAAGCAAAGAAGACCAAGUUGAGGCUUUGGACAAACUAUGUACCCCCAGCCACUAAUUCAAAGGCGAUAUCAGACAAUUUCACUGGAAAGGUAGUAGAAGUUGUUAGUGGGGACUGCAUCAUUGUUGCGGAUGAUUCUCUUCCAUUCGGCAGUCCAGCAGCUGAGCGACGAGUCAAUCUCUCAAGUAUCAGGUGCCCCAAACUGGGAAAUCCACGGAGAGAGGAGAAACCUGCUCCUUAUGCCCGUGAAGCAAGGGAAUUUCUGAGAACAAGAUUAAUUGGCCGUCAAGUUCAAGUUUCAAUGGAAUACUCUCGGAAGGUCCCCCUUGCCGAUGGAUCUGCUGCCCCAGCUGGGCCAGCAGAUUCAAGGGUAAUGGGCUUUGGAUCAGUCUUCCUCUUGUCUCAAGGGAAGGAAAGUGAAGAUGUCUCUGCUGCUCCCCCUACAGCAGUCACUCAGCAGCCUGGUGUGAAUGUUGCUGAACUCGUUAUUGCUCGUGGGUUUGGCACUGUCAUUAGACAUAGAGACUUUGAGGAAAGAUCAAAUUACUACGAGAAUCUUCUUGCAGCUGAAACUCGUGCUACUGCUGGAAAGAAGGGAAUUCAUUCUGCUAAAGACCCUCCUGUUAUGCACAUUAUGGAUCUCUUGACGGCCUCGGCCAAGAAAGCCAAAGAUUUCCUCCCGUUUCUGCAACGAAACAGGAGGAUGACUGCUGUUGUUGAAUACGUCCUUAGUGGUCACAGAUUUAAACUAUUUGUCCCUAAAGAAACAUGCAGCAUCGCUUUCUCAUUUUCUGGGGUCAGAUGCCCUGGACGUGAUGAGCCUUACUCCAAUGAAGCAAUUUCACUUAUGAGACGGAAGAUAAUGCAGAGGGAUGUAGAGAUUGAAGUGGAAACAGUUGAUAGAACUGGUACCUUCUUGGGCUCUUUGUGGGAAUCAAAAUCUAAUGUGGCAAUCAUUCUUCUGGAAGCUGGACUUGCAAGACUUCAGACGUUUGGCGCUGAUAGGAUUCCAGAUGCUCAUCUUCUUGCUCAAGCCGAGCAGUCUGCCAAGAAGCAGAAAUUGAAGAUAUGGGAAAACUAUGUGGAAGGAGAGGAAGUUACUAAUGGUGCAGCUCCUGAUAGAAAACAGAAAGAAGAAUUCAAGGCCGUGGUGACUGAAGUCCUUGGCGGAGGCAAAUUCUAUGUUCAGAAUGUUGCAGAUCAGAAAGUUGCUUCCAUCCAGCAACAACUUGCUUCUUUAAACCUCAAAGAAGCACCCGUGCUUGGUGCAUUUAACCCAAAGAAGGGCGAUAUUGUUCUCGCUCAGUUUAGUGCAGAUAACUCUUGGAACCGAGCCAUGGUCGUAAGCGCUCCACGUGGUGUCGUUCAAUCGACUAAAGACAGAUUCGAAGUCUUUUACAUCGAUUAUGGAAAUCAAGAAGCUGUUACAUAUACCCAGUUGCGUCCACUGGAUGCAUCGGUAUCGUCUGCACCUGGGCUGGCUCAACUUUGCCAACUUGCUUACUUAAAGGUACCGACUUUGGAGGAGGAUUACGGUCAGGAAGCAGCCAUGCUUCUAAGCGAAAGCACACUUAACGGGCCAAAGGAAUUCAGGGCAGUGAUUGAGGAGAGGGAUACUUCUGGAGGAAAAGUGAAAGGGCAAGGAACCGGAACUAUUAUUUUGGUAACUUUGAUUGAUGAGGAAGCCGAUACGAGUGUUAACGCCAUGAUGCUGAAGGGAGGACUAGCAAGGUUGGAGAAAAGGAGGAGAUGGGAGCCUAAAGACCGACAAGCUGUGCUGGAUGAAUUAGAAAAGCAUCAGACAGAAGCGCGUACCAAAAGAUUGGGAAUGUGGGAGUAUGGUGAUAUCCAGUCUGAUGACGAUGAGAACCCUCUGCCUGCUAAGAAAACAGGUGCUGCUGGCAAACGUUAAAAAGAAAUAGGAAGUUGGAUGUUUUUGGAGAUUUUCGUUUGUUCUAUUUAAUUUUAUUUGGGAGCACAAUUUUGUUUUGCAUUCUGUAGUAGUUUAAUUUAUACGACUUAAUAAAGCGAGCAGUAAUGGCAGGGACAUGAGUUGUUAAGCGGUACGGAUGUUUGUUUGUGAUAUAAGCUUACUUUUCGGAGUUUAACUUA